GCCCCCGGCGCCUCCCGGCCUCGGCACCGACCGCACGCAGCUCCCGACACCUGCGCUGCCGCCGAGAACGCCGGCCCUGCCCCGCGGUAAAGCCACAAGUAGGUGGGCACAGAGCCCACUUGAUUUCUGGGGGACACACCUGGGUAAGCUGGGACUAAACAUUACCGAAAAACAACGCGUGUACGGGGGGGACAGGAACUCCCUUGUAGUCUGUCCUGUGGGUGUGUGAGGACGGGUCUGAGCCACGCCGCAGCAGUGCUGAGCAGUCACAGUGCUGGCAGAACAGAGUGCACUCUACGAGGUCACUCCUGCAGCAGCGCAGUCACCUGCAUUUUGGUUCCGAUCUUUGUGUGGGACUGUGGAUCGGCCACCUGCCAGUGUCCUUGUGUCACCCUUGGAUGGCUUGUGGGCUGGGCUGAACCCUGCUAAACUCUGAGGUGUCCUCCCCAACGGUGUCGCACGGCCCUGCCGUGGCUGUCUAUCCCGCACGGAGACCCGGCUGGGCUGGCGGGAGGAGACCACCCGGUUUCGUUCUCUCCGCGGCGGGCGGGGAACCUCACAGUGCGUCCCCGAGACAUUAUCAACUUUCCGUGCUACACCGCGGCCCUUCCACGUUGGUGGCAGAGUGUCACAGAAGGCUUUCAAUCCGGAAUGCGUCCCGUGUCUCCUGGAGAGGGUGGCGGGGACACGGGAAACCACGAGAACCACGCAGGAACAGGGGGCGCGGCUGCCGCCCUGACCACGCCCCCUGCCCAGUCCACGCCUCUUUCCUGGAGCCCCCGCCCCGCCGAGCCACCUCCGGGCCGGCAGGGGGCGCCCCGCGCAGCCACCGCUAUCCGGAAAGAGCCGAGCGGCAACGGAGGCGGCCGAGCCAGGGCUGGAGGCGCGGGCGGAGCGGGAGCGAUGGCGCAGCAAGUCGAGCAGCUGCGGGCGGACGGCGUGGACAAGGAGGUGCUGCGGGAGGGCACCGGGCCGCUGCCAGACUUCCGCGACGGCACCAAGGCCACUUUCCACUACCGGACGCUGCGGUGCGGGGAUGAGGAGACGCCGGUGGACGAUAGCAGGGCGCGGGGGAAACCCAUGGAGCUCAUCGCUGGGAAAAAGUUCAAGCUGCCUGUGUGGGAAGCGGCGCUGCGAACCAUGCGGCCCGGCGAGCGUGCGCGCUUCCGCUGCGACGCCAAGCACGUGGUGCUUUACCCGCUAGUGUCCAAGAGCCUGCGGAACAUCGCAGCGGGGAAGGACCCGCUGGAGGGGCAGCGGCACUGCUGCAGCAUCGCCCAGAUGCACGAGCACUACUCCCUGGGGUACCCCGACCUCGACGAGCUCCAGAAGAACCCCCAGCCCCUCAUCUUCGAUAUCGAGGUGCUGAAGGUGGAGCCACCCGGCUCCUACCAGCAGGACCCAUGGGCCAUGACAGAUGAGGAGAAGCUCCAGGCUGUGCCCCAGAUCCACAAGGAAGGCAACGAGCUGUACCGGCAGGGCAAAGUGCCUGAGGCAGCUGCCAAAUACUACGAUGCCAUCGCCUGUCUCAAGAACCUGCAGAUGAAGGAGCAGCCAGGCUCUCCAGACUGGAUUGAGCUGGACCAGAAGAUCACACCCCUGCUCUUAAACUACUGCCAGUGCAAGCUGCAGUGUGAGGAGUACUACGAGGUGCUGGAUCACUGCUCCUCCAUCCUCAACAAGUACGAGGACAAUGUCAAGGCCUACUUCAAGCGGGGCAAGGCCCAUGCAGCAGUGUGGAACGUGGCCGAGGCACAGGCCGACUUUGCCAAAGUGCUGGCACUCGACCCCUCGCUGCGGCCCGUGGUCUCCAAGGAACUGCGGAGCCUGGAAGCGCGGCUGCGGGAGAAGGACGCCGAAGACAAGAUCCGCUUCAAGGGCAUCUUCUCCCAGUAGAGUCCGUGGCAGCAAGGGAGAGCCCAGCGCUCUCAGGACAGGUUCUUUUAGAUAUUCCACAUGUGGAAUGGUCAUGGAUGUUUAUUAAUGUUUAAUACAGAUUUUACUUAUUUGAAGUCAGUGGAAAUGGCCCCAGAGCUAGCCACGGCCUGGGGACACAGCCAGGCACUUAGGUGGCAGCAUAAAGCAUCACAGCACACGGCUGAAGCUCUUUGCUGGGCUCUAGACUCUGGUCAUUGUCACGCCAGGGAUGUGUGGGUCACAAGAGCCCGCUGCUCCCUGCCAACUUUUAUCACUUAUUUGGUGUUUUUAUACUUUAUGAUGGCCAUGGAGGGGCAGCGCCGAGCCUCAGCCCCAGCUCCAACCCGUUCAUGCCUGUUCUCCUCUGUGCCAUGUCAUUGUCACUUCUCCAGACUGUUGCUAUCAUCCCAAACCAGCGUCUCCUCUUGUCAUGUCAGUGUCAGGAAUAUUUUAUAUAGAAUAACAGCUUGCUCCUGCUAUCUCUAUAAACCUCUGGUCAUGCUGUGCCAAGAUAAACUCAAGUAAAACCAGUCACUACC